UCUCAGCCACAAACAGUCCUGAUCUUUCAUGUAUUUAUUGAACACACCCACUAAACAUACACAGUAAUGGUCACAGCAGCACCAGACUUCUGACGUCACUAAACGUCAGCUGGAGUCAGGGGUUAGCAAACCUGGAGUCCAGUCAACGAAACGAGAACGGAGGUGAGGUUUAAAAUGACCCGGACUUCUAAAAACACUCAGACGGUGUCAGUGUGCUGCAUGACAAGCAGCUGAUGUGAGCCAGGCCUUAUGAGAAACAGAUCUCAGAAAAUCUACGACCAAGAGUAGUUGGUUUGCAAGUAGCUGGAAAAAGGAACAGGGUCACCUCACUGACUUUAGAUAUUCACCAGUCCACAGUCAGACGAUGUGGUGCUGUGGCUGCGCUCCAUAGAAGUGGGCAUUGUGAGUCAGCCACACGCACAAUACUGACCAGGUGUGGUAUCCAUGGCAGGACGCCACGGAGGAAGCCAUUGCUCUCCAAAAACAACACUGCAGCAGCCUGAAGUUUGCCAAAGACCACCUUGACCCUCCACAGUACUACUGGGAAAAUGUCCUGUGGGGGAUGACUGUAGCUCAGGAGGUAGGGCGGGUCGUGUCCUAACCGGUUCGAUUCCCGGCUUAUCCAGUCCACAUAUCAGGGUGUCCUUGAGCAAGACACUGAACCCCCAGUUGUGAUGUCACCAGUGUGUGAAUGUGUGUGUGUUUGGGAGUGCAAAUGGGUGAACAGCCAAAUAGUGUGACAGUGCUUUGAGUGAGCUGCAGUGCAUGGAAAAGCACUGUAUAAGACCAUUUACAGAUGAAACUGAGGUAGAACUGUCUGUAUGGCAUAUAAAAAAAUAAAAAAAGCGUACCAACAUGAAAACAUCAUCCCAGCAGUGAAGUACGGUGGGGGAGCAUCAUGAUGUGGGGCUGCUUUGCUGCCUCUGGACCUGGACCACUUGCCACUGUGGAAGGAAAAUGAGUCCUCCAGUUUAUCCAGGUGUCCUACAGGAUGAUGUCAGAGUGGCUGUCGGCAAGCUGAAGCUCAGAACAAGCUGGGUGAUGCAGCAAGACAAUGACCCUAAACAUUGAAGUAAAUCUACUACAGAACAGCUUCAGAGACACAAAACCCACCUGUUGGAGCAGCCCAGUCAGACCGGAGUUCAGCCCAAAAGAGACACUGUGGAACGACCUGAAGACGUUCACACCAGGCGUCCUGAGAAUAUGUCUGAGCUGAAGCAGCUCUGUCAGGAAGAACGGUCCAAAGCUCCUCCUGAACGUAGUGCAGGUCUGAUCCACAGCCACAGGAAGCGCUGACUGGAGGUCGUUGGUGACAAAGGUGGUUCAGCCGGUUAUUACAACACGGUUGUCAUGACUUUGUCCACAUCACUGUGUAUGUUUAAUGUACAUGUUCAGUAAAGACAUGAAAGAUCAGGACUCUUUGUGUUUUAUCAUCUUAGAAAUACCGAGUUUCUUGAUAUUUGACUUCGGUGAAGAUCAGGUCACAUUUCAUGACCAAUUUAUGCAGAAAACCAGGAAACUACAAACAGUGCUGUGACUUUUUUUUGUAACUGUACAUUCUGCUGUUCAUGAUGUCCCUGUAUUUACAGUUGCAGGUGUUAUCGUUUAUAUUUGUGCACACAUUCAGUUUUGUUCACUGCACUUUAACUCAAUACUAUUUAAAUUUUAGCUUUUUCAUUUCUGUCUUUAUUGUUGUUGAAGCAGCAGGUUGUUGUUUAGGCGAGAAGGGGGUUGGUUGUUAGUCAUUAAAACUCCAGGUCACUCCAUUCUUACCUGACACGUCAGGCUUCUAUUACAGAAUAGUUUCUGAGGGAUUCAUAGGAAAGUAAAACUUGUGAAUACUAAACCUAGUUUCCCCUGUUUAAUACUGGUUGUGGAGUUUAAAACAAAUAAUUAGUUAUAACAGUCAGAUUUUCUCUGUUUUAAACUGUCUAUGAAACAAAUCGAAACUAAAACCAUACAAAAAGGACUGUAAAUGAUCAAUCAUAAAAAACUCACUGAUCUUUAAACCUGAUCAGGACUGAGUCAUGUGAUUGCUGUCAGGUAAAACGUAGGCUAUCUCCCCAGACAGCAGGUUCCCAGGUGCCGCUAAGAAGCUACAACAACAAAGUAAGAUUACUUUAAAAACUACAAAUCAAAUCCGAAAAACAUCUUUGACUUUAAAUGCUGAAAAAUACCGCACAGAUUCAAUAAAGCUGUGACCAAAAUCACCAAUAAUCGGAUGUCCAACCGUUAAGUUGAUUCCACAGUGUUGGUACUCCUGCUGACAAACUGCAGCGGUGUUAAGGCCGCUAUGUUCACUAUGCCUGCAAUGCCGACACCCGGUGCUCCGCGCCCCGCUCCACCCACCCUGGCACCCAAAACAAAUCCACACAUGGUGCUAAGCCGGUCAGAAGGCGAAGGCGGAGCCAUGGGAGGAUCGGGACACCGCGGCUGUAGCAGGAAGAGAGCUGGGGUGGCUGGGUGCAGGGGCAGCAGCUAUAAAUGUGUGAAGGAGCUGGGAAGGGGGUUUGUGACUGCUGGACCAGGAUCGGUCUGUUUAGUUUUACGGAGUCUCCCCCAGCCAGGUGUGUGCUAACUCCCAGGUGCCGUCGUGAUGCCGUGGCUGCUGCCCCCUCAGUCUCCGUCUCAGCAGCAGUGCGAGCGCACGGCAUUCUCCUUCUACUGCGCCGUGCGGGAUCAGCUGCCGGUCUGGCUGCUGGAGGACAUGCGCAGUAUGGAAGUUUUCUGCUGGGAAGAUGGACGCCCGCGACCCUUCAUGCCAUCUGAGGCCCUGCUGUACGCGCUCGUGCAUGACCAUCGGGAUUACGCACGUUGCCUACUCAACAGGUACUCGGUGAGCUCGCUCGUAGCGCCACGCUGCAGCUUCUGCUGCUGUCGCAGCAGUGGAGCACCGCACCUGAAUGUGGCAGUGCGCUACAAUCGUGUGUCAAUCCUCGGCAUGAUGCUGGAUGCUCUUAAGGACUGCGACACGCAGAGCAAGCGGCAGGAGUACUUGGACAGCUGCAGCGGCUGCUCGCACGUCGCGGACGCAGGAAAGACUGCGGUGCUGCUUGCGGUGGAGCUGUCCCGCUCCAACUGUCUGCUGAUGCUGCUGGUUCAUGGCGCGACGCCCGUUGGACUCGAGGCUGCGCUGCAGACUCUCUUAACCUGUGAUGCGUCACAGCGACGGCAUGCACAGUGUUGCCUCGACUUCCUGCUGCUGUUUCUGCCCAAACCGCCACUGCUGCGCUGCCUGCAGGACCAGCCGCAGCUAUGGCAAAACCUGCUAGGAAAUGACGUGUUCAGCUGGCUGUGCGGUCUGGCCCCGCCCCCCCUUCUGCUUCAGGCGCUCAGGUGUCUGGCUAGGUCCGGACCGCAUCAGAUCAGCACACUGCCUGACUUCCUGCAGCUGCACAGCUGGCGGUAACAUCAUCUCUCACAAUGGAAACAUCUCAGGACUGCUGUGAUUGGACAGUCUGUUAUCAAUGUAAAUAAAGAUUUUAAACUGACCUGAUGUAAAACUGAAGGUAUCAAUACAUAUUUGUCGGAGCUGUCACCUAAAACCUUAACCUUUAACUCACAACAGUUGAACUGACAACAGAAGAAAAAGAUUCUGAUUUAACUGGAUCCAUCUUCAGCAGUGUCAGAGAGCUGGUGUGCAUGCGUGUUCACGUUUGCAUUUAUUUUUGUCUUUCCUCGGCCUUAGCUCAGGAUCCUGAGCAUCAGUGUGAUUCAGACAAAACACUAUUAUAACUAAACAUCUAGAUAAAGUGACACUAGUUUUGAUCUCUGAACAUGUGUAACUGAGGACAUGCAAUAAAUAUUUGGCCUUACACAUGCAGUUCAGUGUUUGUACACGUGAACUGUUGGACUCAGGUACACAGGAUCAAGAACCAGGUCAUCCUGUACAGUUUGUGAAGUUCUGUUAAAAUAACUUUUACUGUUUGAAGAGCCGAUUAUUAGAAGCCGUGUCUCUGCACGCAAGGUAAGAACAUGCAUUGAUGAACAAGUGACGUUUCCAUCGAAACAGAAACCCUUUGUGAAACAUCAACAGACGUUUAAGUUGUAGCCUACAAACUGUAAUGAAAAAUACAGCUAGUUACCCUAAAAGUUGGGGUUUAUGUGGGGUCAUACUUGGG